CAAUAAGCCAUGGUGGAAGAUCCCAAAGUAUACCACACCAUUUCUCUGUUCCCUUCUCUUCUCAGUUCUCGAUCACAUCCUCUCUUCUCUUCUUCCAUAACACAACACCAGAACCUCAACACACACUCUCUCUCUCGCUCUGUGUUUUUGAUUGAUUCAUAGGAAACGAAAACCAGAGGAAAUGUUGCGGUCAGUUGUGAGAGCCGCAACAACCCAUCAUUCAUGGCGUCACAAACCCACCACUAUCUCAUCUCUCAGUUACUCUUCUAAGGCUCCAAAGCCCGCUCCCACUUCCAAACCCGCCGCCGCCGACCUCCUCUUCGACGAGCAGGAACGCCUCCGCCGCCUCGCCGCCGAUGAAAAGGACCCUUCUCUCGAUGUCGGCCCUGACGGCCGCCCCCUCUUCUCUUCAGCCACUUCCAUCUCCAAGCUCACCGGCAAAGACUCCUGCACCUACUUCAAACUAACAAAGGAGGCUCUGAACGAGGUUCUACCUGAAGGGGUUCCAAUGGGUAUGGUGAAGGAGUUUCAGGACUCCAUGCGACCGGCUUUGCUUGUUCGCCAGAGCUUCUUGGAUCUUCGUGAUAACUUCAGGCGCAUUGUUGAUCCCCCAAUGUGGUCACCUCCUGGUAAAGGCGUUAAGGCUAGGAAGCAAGUUGUUUUGGAUGGUCCUGUUAGCUGUGGGAAAAGCAUUGCGCUUGCGAUGCUAGUUCAGUGGGCUCGAGAAGAAGGUUGGUUGGUUUUCUAUGUUCCUCAAGGAAAGGAAUGGACUCAUGGUGGUUUCUUCUACAAGCAUCCACAAUCAGGUCUAUGGGACACACCUGUCCAGGCUGAGAAUGUCCUCAAGGAUUUUUUGAAGUACAACGAGUCCUACCUAAAGCGAUUGCCAUGCCAAAUAUUUGAUCCAAUCCCAUUAGGUGAGGGUGCUGGUGUUGGAUGGUUAAAAGAUGUUGAUUCCUUGGCAAUUUCUGAGGGUACAAUGUUAUAUGAGCUGGUGAAGACUGGCAUUGAACAAACCCAUGCAGCUGUUGGAGUGGUAGUUCGUUUGAGGAAAGAGUUAUCCCUUGUUAAAGAUAUGCCUGUACUUAUUGCUAUUGAUCAAUAUAAUAACUGGUUCACAUUCAGCGAGUAUGAGGAGCCAGUCACAAUUCGUUCAUGUCGGCCAAUACAUGCUAGAGAACUUACAAUGGUGAAUGCUUUUAGGUCAAUGAUGCACAAUGAGAUGAUGGUAGGCGCUUUUUCUCAUUCCACAGCAGUAGGAAAGCUUCGGCAACAUUUGCCGGAUGUUCCGGUAGAUGCUCGUGUUAUGUUUCCUCGAUACAGUUUAGAUGAAGCCGAGACUGUUUGCCAUUAUUAUUUAAGGCAAAGGCUUAUUCGUCGCGAAGGAUUCUCAGAAGAAAACUGGAAGAAAAUUUACUUUCUGUGCAAUGGAAAUGGAACAGAGAUGAGGGGGUUAGUUCCUUUCAUGCGAUGACAGACAACAGAUACCUUUUUUGAUUUUAACCAAUGUGAUGUGUUCUGACUGUUAUCGAUAAUAAUAUUGAAGUUUCCCAAAUUCUUGAGCUACAUUCAUCUUAGGAUACAGUUGGAUUUGCCACUUCCAUAAUCCACUUUAUUUGUUUAAUUAGCAUUAAGAAAUGUUCUCAAAGGCGAUGUACUACUAUGUAUAUUAACAUGCAUCUUCUGUUUUUAAAAUCAGUGAUAAUUUUCUGGA